AUGCCCGUCCUGAACCCAUUCCUACGCGCGCUCUUUCAGAGCAGUGUGCUAGGACAUGCUUUACCCUCACAAAACUAUGUCCUCCUGGUCCCCACCACCGAAUCCCUCCUGUACGGACAAGAUCGCGAGACUGGCAAACGAUAUGCCGAACAGUGUGAGGAUGAAGACUUCCUCGGGAGCCACAUUCUCCGAAUCCUACCAAAUACCAUCGCCGUAAAAGAAUCGGGUGUUCGUGAGAGCAGGGGGAAGGCCAAGACUUAUUCAACGGUCAACAGCAGGACCGUCAUUCUGAAAGAGAAUGUCGUGUACAGUAACAAAGGUUUCAAGCAGCUCACUCAGGCCUCCUUGCUUACCGACCUGUUGUAUUAUUCUCCUGGUCCAGAACCGCAGCAAUGGCUCGUGUACUAUAUCACCAAACCUUUAACCGGCAUCUUCGAAGCCUUGCCCAUCAAGCCUGCCGCAAUAGGAGAGAACCGAAAUACCACAACGACAACUACGACAACAACCGAUGCAUCUAUAGGCAGCUCUUCCGAGCCUCCGACCCCAAAGAAAAAAGAUAUCAAGUCGUUUAAUGAGCUCUUGAAUAGCUUUCCCAUGAUUGCUCGGCAGAUGCAGCCCGGGUUGGAACGGCUUUUCAAUGAAUUUGGCAAGGAGUUGGGCAGACCGUUGCCACCUCCUCCUUCGCGAAGUCCCACAUUAGGGUCGCUUGAUGGAACUACCCAGGCUUCGGACACCGCUUCCAUCAAAUCGAAUGGGUCGGUCAAAUUACCGUUCAAUUCCGCUGCAUAUUUCGAAGACGAAGAAGAUCUUAUGCGAAGAGCCCUUGAAACGGCUGUGACUGCAGCGAUCGACCUGUUUCAGGGGGUGGACAAGCAGCAGUUGUCUUACUUGGGUGCAACCACUGACUUGACAGGUCCUGAUGUUGAGAGACUGAUCGAGCGUUAUGUUGCGGAAACAGUUCAUGACACACUGUUGUUCCCUCGACUUUGCUCGUUCCAUAAAGCCCCAGACCAGGAGCUUGACAAGCGAAUCCGUCAGAUGGAUUGCCUAGACGUAUCUCAGGUCGGCAUUGCUAUCGAAGAUGGCAAGACAGGGAAGCGGGAUCUAAUAUCAAGGAUCAAUCGAGGAGUAACAGUCUUCCGUAAAAUGGGAGUGUCUGGAAGUCCGCAAGAAAUGCUAGGAGUCUUGCUCGAAACCCAAAAGGUCGUUUCGGAACCACAAGGUGUGACUGACGAGGAAAAGCGGGCAGUGGCAGCCUUGACCAUCAAUGCUGAUGUUCUCGUGUCUCUCUUACUUUUAGUCGUCAUACGCUCUUCAGUCCGACACCUUCAAGCCAGGUUAUCAUAUAUGCAGAGGUUCAUCUACAUAGAUGACGUCGAAAGUGGCGAGAUCGGUUAUUCGCUCAGUACUCUUGAAGCUGUCCUGACAUACCUCGCACGAGAUGCUGGAGGUUUACGCAAAGCGUCGAAGCAGAACAACCUGCUCUGGAAAGCUGUCAAGGACGGGUCAGUGGAUGACAUCAGAGCCAUCUUUGAGGAAUCUGCAAUCGUCUCUGAUGAAAUUGUCGACGAACCUUGCGAGAUAUCUCUUUCUCGAAUAACUACCUCCUCUGUCCACACGAUCGACCAUGCAGAUAGGCCUCCCUUAUCCCGGAACCCAUCAAGUGAAGGUGGAUUAUCACACGUCUUUCCUUUUCAGGCAGCCGAGAGAAAGGCCUCAGUCCCAAAACAGAAGAAGCGAGUUCAGAUGGCUGCGAGAAGCAUGUCGAUAUCUUCGGCAUUUUCAUUAUUGUCGAGAGCUACAACAAUCGACACUACAUUGAGUGGUAUUGAAGGCGAUACCUCGGUCUCUAGUCUAGCACAGACACAAGACUCCAUCGGCAACUCAGUUCUUAUGAUGGCGGUUGAAAAUCAGAAGCCACAAUCGCUAAGGUACCUCCUAGGCUUGACUGAGCACUAUAGCCUCGAGGAUGUUUUAGCAGACACAACUCAAGAAGGAGCAACACUUCUGAGUGCUGCAGUUCAACUCGCCAACACUGAACUCAUUGAUAUCAUCCUUGAAUAUACAGAACACAACACGACCGAGGAGAAAUUUCGAGAAUAUCUCUCGAUUAAGGAUUCUCGAGGUCGGAGUACAAGCCACUAUUUGUUCAACACCCCCAAACUUAUCAAGAGGCUUGCGGAUAUUGUUCCCUGGCGUCAGAGAGACAAGAUUGGCCAUACACCCCUCUUCGCUAUAUGUCGUACAUACGAUCAUACAGAGUACAGCACAAUGGUAUCUCAAGCUCUGGUGGCUGCACAAAUCUCACAAGGCGACGGCCUACCACUUCGGGUCGAGGACCAUGUCGAUAACAAGGGCAAUUCUUUGCUCCAUAUCGUGAAUGAUGCUUCGAUUAUGCAACACAUCCUUCAGACAUGCGAUGUUGAUCUUAACUCGAUGAACGAUAGAAAGUUCACGCCGCUGAUGCUUGCUUCAAAAUACGGUCGGGUUGACAUGGUUCGGAUUUUCCUGGCCGAUCCAAGGAUAGACACAUAUUUGAGAGAAUCUCGAGGUUUGACUGCCGUGGAACUAGCGAAAGACGAUGAAGUGCGCAAUAGAAUUGACGAUCUUACUCUUUUUUCGCCCACCAAUAGCCCGGAUGCGACGGGAAGAAUCACAGCCAUUGUAAGAUCUUUUUUUGUCGAAGAUGGUUCAACAAGAUAUAUCCUCAAAUCAGGUGCACCAAAUCCCUCUGUGUCGAGCACAACAUACACCAUCACCACAAGCCGAAGGGCACUGCAAGACUUCGAGAAUUUGACAACUUGGCUCUCUAUGGACCACCCUGCUUCUUACAUGCCAACUAUGGUAGCCAACAAUUUUCGAAGUCCAUUCCAGCUUCACUCUCGUCCUUCCAGAUCUGUACUUCAUGCUGCACAAACUCAUCUGGAUCGUUUCUUGAGCAUUCUCAUGAAGCAUCCUACUUUCUCGACACAUGAGAUGUUAUGGGAAUUUUUCCUUGUUCCUGAUAUGCUUCAGGAACAGAUGGCAGAACGGGCCAAAUUGAAGGCUGAGCUGGUCCAAGAAAAGAUUGUGGAUGAUUACGAACCACUGACAACAAAAUCCGACAUGAAUGCAGUUGAUUCGUUGAUAUCCCAUUCUCGAGAUAUGGUUAGAAGGGUGAACAACAGUACAAAAAUGAUUAUUAAGAAGGGACACAUCCACGCCCAAGCUCAUUCCGAUCUUGCAGAGUCCCUCAGCCUCUGUGCAGUCUCAUUUGCCACAUUGGGAUCACCAUCCAACACGUUGUCCAAGCUGCAUAUUGACACGUUCCUCCGAUUCGCAAGCCUAUCACAUUCGGAGAUUGCUUCGUCACCAUUGACAAGCUUCAUCAUGAGUGUGACGUCUUUCCAUUCGACAAUAACAGCCAUGCAGACAGCACUCCUGCGCCCAAGCAGUUUAAUCUCUAAAAUCGUGUCCAGCCAGAAAGCUUUAGACAAAACCAAGUCAAAUCUGUAUAACAACUCACUUCCCAAGAAGGGUAUCAUGAGCAUCAACUUCCCCGGCUCAGAAGAAAGCCGGGCCAAAUCCAUGAAGGACAUGGAGAAGAAGAUCCUCCAAGGACAGACGGAGAUCGAGCGCUUGGGUAAACAACUCAGAUAUACACAUGAAGUGGUAGUGGGUGAAUUGGCGGGAUGGACUACAUGGCGUGAGGAAUGGGGGAAAGAGGAAAUCAGACGCCUGGCGAAGAAUAUCGUGGUCAAGGAGAAGGAGCGGUUGAAGUCUAUGCAGCGCGCGUUGAGGGUGCUGAGAGAGGGCUGA